GACUGUAAAUAGUUCUAUAUGUCGGAGCUAAUCGGAGCACUUGGUUCGGUCCGUUAGCGUCCUCUGUCGCCUUGCGUUGUUCUUGUUCGGUUCGGCUUCCCCAAGCCCAAAGCCACACUCACCACUCCGUUUUCACUCCCCGUUCUGCUCCCCCAAACCCAAAACCCUAGCUCUCCUCUAUUCUUCUCUUUGUCGUGUUCAUUUUCUUCAUCUACCUGUGAAUCGACCGUCUAAUCUUUGAGAAACUGCAAGAAGUUCAUCUGAAUUAAGAGAGCGGAUGGAUCACAGUUCAGGAGAGGACACGGACAUUAGUGAGUCGGAAAUUGAAGAGUAUGAAAAGAAAUCUUAUGAAGUGCUGAAGAGUGGAAAGCAUCAGGUGAAAGUAUCUGAUGAGGCUUUCAGUUGCCCUUACUGUACAAAGAAACGAAAACGAGACUUUCAGUUUAAGGAGCUCUUGCAGCACGCUACUGGGGUAGGGACGUGUAAUAAUUCAAAGAAGCGGACUGCAAGGGAUAGGGCAAAUCAUCUGGCAUUGGCAAAAUACAUGGAAAAGGACCUAGGAUCAGUUGCCGGUCCUUCACAACCUGUGGCUGAGGAGUCCGAUGCCCUUGCAGAUUGUAACCGUGAUGAGAUGUUUGUCUGGCCGUGGACUGGAAUUGUUGUUAACCUCCCAACUCAAUGGAAGGAUGGGCGUUAUGUUGGGGAAAGCGGUUCCAAGCUUAGAGACCAGUUGAUAAGGAGAGGGUUCAAUCCAAUUAGAGUGCAUCCACUCUGGAAUUACCGGGGUCACUCAGGCACUGCUGCUGUGGAAUUUAAUAAGGAUUGGCCUGGUUUCAACAAUGCCAUGUCAUUUGAGAAGGCCUAUGAGGCAGAUCAUCUUGGGAAAAAGAACUGGAAUGCCUCUAAAGACAAAGGAACUGAUCUGUAUGCUUGGGUUGCUCGUGCUGAUGACUACAAUUCUAAUUGCAUUAUUGGGGAUCACCUUCGAAAGAUUGGUGACCUUCGAACUAUCUCCGAUAUCAUGGCAGAGGAGGACAGGAAAGCAAGCAAACUUGUAUCCAAUUUGACAAAUUUAAUUGAGGAAAAAAAUAAACACUUGGCAGAGAUGGAGAGCAAAUUCUCUGAGACUUCAAAUUCCCUUACCAAAUUAAUUGAGGAGAAAGACAGGCUUCAUCAAUCUUACAACGAAGAGAUAAAAAAGAUUCAAAUGAGUGCAAAAGAACACUUCCAGAAGAUUUUUAACAACCAUGAAAAGCUUAAGUUGCAGCUGGACUCUCAAAAGAAGGAGCUUGAGCUUCGAGGAAAAGAAUUGGAGAAACGUGAGACCCAGAAUGAAAAUGAAAGGAAAAAGCUCUCUGAAGAGCUUGAAAAGAAUGCCAUAAAAAAUAGUUCACUUCAGAUGGCAGCUAUGGAGCAAAUGAUAGCUGAUGCAAAUGUGUUGAAAUUGGCUGAGGAUCAAAAGAGGCAAAAGGAGGAACUCCAUAAGAAAAUAAUUGAAUUGGAAAAGAAAUUGGAUGCCAAACAAGCACUGGAGCUUGAAAUUGAGCAACUGAGAGGGAAACUGAAUGUUAUAAAGCACAUGGGAGAUGAUGGUGAUUUAGAAGUUCUACAAAAGGUUCAGGAACUACAGAAAAUGUUGAGAGAGAAAGAAGGAGAUCUUGAAGAUAUAGAUGAAUUAAACCAAGCUCUGAUAGUGAGGGAGCGGAAGAGCAAUGAUGAGCUGCAGGAUGCACGUAAAGAAUUGAUUAAUGGCUUGAAAGAGAUGCCGAGACAUGGUGAUGUUGGCGUGAAGUGGAUGGGUGAACUUGGUAAUAGACCCUUUCAUGAAGCAACAAAGAGGAAGUAUAAUGCUGCAGAUGCAGAUGUGAGAGCUAUGGAAAUAUGCUCUUUGUGGUAGGGGUACCUUAGAGAUUCUGAUUGGCAUUGUUUUAAAGUCAUCUUGGUUGAUGCAAAGCACAGGUGUGCAUUAUAUGAUAACCUUGCAGCAUGACAUUAAUUUUUUCCCUUGCCCAAGUAGCAGAAAUGUUAUUUAUAGGUUUAUAAAGUUGCAUGCCUGAUCGUCAAUAAUAUCAUAUCUGUAUGCAACUGAUAGUUUCAAGAGUAAAACUAUUACAUCAACUCUUUUGGCUUUCAGCUAUCUGUUUUUGUUCCUUUUUUUGGGGGAGUCAUCUAUUUCUUUAUUUAUAUGAUUACAUCAAUAUAUGUGUUCAGGGAUCAAUUUUUGCUAUUAGUAGUUUCACUUUAAGGUAGUUUGUCCACACUCUAUCCAUGAUAUUUCAUUGACUGAUGUGCUUUAUUCACAAUUGGAGAAAGUGAAACCUUUAAGAUGAAGUGGAUAUUGUGGAUUCCAAAGUUGUACAUUGGUAUAAGAAUGUGAUAGACACACAUUAGUAUAAGAGUGUCCUAGGAUAUUCCUGGUAGAAUCUUAUCGGGAUUGUUGAUCAAAGGAUCGGGUAGGAUUGCAAUCCAGAUCUUGGUUCUUCUUGCCUAUCUAGUAUCUGUUUGGUUGUCGGCCUGUUGGCCUAAUAUACCCAGUGUCAAAAUUAAGAAAAAGAUUCCAAAAAAUUUCAAAUGCUUCGUCGAACAGCCUCCUAACCAAGAGUGUACCAAGUUCUAUAGUAGCUUUGCAUUCUUCUUUUCUACUUCUCUGUGGUGGAUGCUGCAGUAGUACCAUUUCUUAUUGAAAUUGAUGCUGCAGUAACAACAUUUCUUCUUCUUCUUUUUCUUCUUUGUUGCUGCAGCAUCAAUUCCUUUUCUUCUCCUGAAUGUUGACAUGGUUGUGCACUUUUUAAUGCAUUAGUUUUCUUAAUAGUUAAAUACUCUAAACAUCAAAGUGUGCAAACUUUGGUAGCAAUAGAAAGUUUGUUCUUUUGUGUUUGAACAUGUUAAAGUUGUGAAAAUAGCCCAUUUGUUAAAAGGGGAAAUUUUUGCAUACAAAUGUGACUUUUCUUUUUGUUUAUUAACAUAUAGAAUUUUUCUUUGACUCUCACCAAUUGAAAAGUCUCGUGGAUUGAGCAUAUUAUUUUUUUAUUUAAACACUCUACCAUCAAGAUUACAUAUUUUAGUAACCCUUUUUAUGUGGAGAAAACUUUUUAACUACUAUUGAAUCAAAAUUAAAAUCAAAUUGGUUUACUUUAUUUUUUUAGUUUCAAAAUAUUUUGUUAAGUAGUGCAUUCAGACCUAUAUAACUAACUAAAAAGAAAGCUCACAAAAUGGUGCUAGCCUAACUUGGUGUUCACUGCUUAGAUGAAUUUAUAAACUAAUUUUAGCAUCUAACUUCUAAACAUUUCAAUAAAGAUCAUUAUUUCUUUUUUUCAUUUUAAUUUUGAAGUUUUAGAUAUUAUUUUUGGUUGGAAUUAGGGCUUUGUGUUAUUGGAUAAGAGUUAGAUAAGAUACUUGAACAAGUUUAGAAAAAAAAUUCAAGAAAUCAAUAAAAGAGGUGAUUUAACACAUUGGCUGAAAAAGACUUUAUGAUUCUAAAAUUAAAAUUUGAUUAUUUUAGUUGAACCAAAACAUUAAAAAUAGAGUUGAAUGGCAAUUUUUAUACUUGUAAUCAGAUGAAAAUAGAAUUAAAUGAGUAAUAUGACGAUAUUAUCAUUAAUAAUGUAAUGGUAGUGAAGGAUUACUAUACACCUAGCAAAAAGAAGAAGAAAAGGUUAAUAUACAACGUUAAACAAUUGAAGUUAAUUUUUAAAUAUUAUCUACCGAAAAAAAAAAAGAGAUCAUUAUAACAUAUAUCUUGUUUAAGAGUUUACCAAGCUUUUCUUUUGUCUUUUUUUACUUUUAUUGAUCACUUUUUUCAUCUUAUCCACUCUUUUCAUAUUAGCAUGAUGUCUUGAUCUUCUUUUCAUACGAUCAAAUCAUAUUAACUAACCUCAUGCAUCUUAUGAGUAGGACCAAACUCCAACAUUUUAUAUUAAAUAAAAACAUCUCCAACAUUACAACAUAUAAUCUCGUUUUUUUAUUCUAUUUUUUUUACCACACAUCCACCACAAAUUAUUCAUCCGGCUUAUGCUUAUAUUUUGCAUGAGCCACUACAUCACUACCCACGACCCAUACCGCAUUAACUCCUAUAAACAUAAAAUUUCCUUUUUCCUUUUAAUGAAAUUUACCGUCGCAUAACUUGCCAAAUUUACUUCUCUAUUUUAAUCAUUCUGUUAUAAUUCUAAGAGCAGAAUCACCUACUCUAAAAACUCUUUUGAAAAUCAAACACUUACCCACAAAAAGUGUUAGGAAUUUAACAUCAUUAUAAAAUGACUAACUAAAAGCCCUUUUUAAGCUUCAAAGGAUAAGCAAUACCAAAUUUACUUUGCAAGAGACAUAGAUACCAUAUCUAGUAAUAGAUACCAUAUUUUGAAGAUUCAUUUUCACAUUAUUUCAUAGCAAAUCAACUAACUAAUGAAUGUCAGAAUAUCAGAUCAAAGCACCUAGCAGUAGCUAAAAACAAAUUUAAACCUUAACCAUCGCAAAUGUUGCACUUCACAUAAGCUAAUGCAACAAAGUCUGCUUGUCCAUGUUAGGAGUUUAGUAAUUGGUAUAACCCCAAAACUAGCCUUUUUUGAUUUUUAAGAACUUCAACCCAAUUUAUUGUGAUACAACCAAUCUUCUCCUUGGCACUGACCUUUCUCCAACUUGCAAAGAUGUAGAUGGGAUGAUAUAUCGACAAUUAGAUGAUCCCUUUCUUGUGUUUAAACAUUUCUUGUAAAAUGACGAGUCCUCCCUGCAAACUUGCUCUUGUUCCCUCGACGUAGUUCCACAGAUCAGUGACAACAAUACCUUCUUGGUUUGCAUUCAUUAAUCUCUUUCAAAGCUGUUAUGACAGAAUCACAUACGUCAUCACCGAAAUCAUUCUUUAGACCUUUCAGUCUUUCAUCCUCUUCAUUUAUUAUCUCUUGAUUUAGUAACAUUAAUGUUACCAAGAAUGGAGGAAGCUAUAUUAGGUAUAGGCGAUGCAUGUGUGUCAAUCCCAUUGGAAGAUAAUUUGAAUUAUAGACAGAUUUAGUGAAAAAUAAAGAUAAAAUUGAGAACUUUAGUACAAAUUUUACCUGUUCAUUUUUUCAUAGUCCUAUGUAGAAAAGAAAAAUGUCUUUGACAAAUGCAGUGAAAUAUCAACAUGGACUUUUAAAUACGAAUGCAAUGACAAAAAAUGUAAGUCAUGUAACAAAAUGAUACUAUCUUGACAAUAUAAUGUUCUCUUUGGGUCCUUCUUUGUCUUUAAUCUUCCCCUUUUAUAGAAAAAAAUCGUACAUAAGACCGACAAGGGGUUUGAAGUGGAUUGAGACCCCUUUGUUGUAGCAACAAAGUAGAAAUGUUACUAUUAAUUCUAUAUAGGAUCUUGUCAACAUUUAGAAGAAGAAGAAAAAGAAUUAAUGUUGUAGCAACAAAGAGUAAAAGAAAUGUUGUUACUACAACAUCAGUUAAUGGUAUCGUUGUAGCAUCUCCACAACGAAGUAGAAAAGAAGAAAUGCUACGCUACUACAAAACUUGGUUCAGUUUUGGUUAAGUGGUAGUUUGUCAAAGCAUUUGUAAUUUGUCCUAUAAUAGGCAAAUAAAUUACCAAGUUUUUGGCAUUUUUUGUUAGACAUUGGUAUAUUUGGCCACAAGGCCCACAAUAAAACAGGCACUAAAUAGGCCACAUUUUUUACAAAAAAAAAAAAAAAAAAAGUUG